UUCAAGUGCUCGCGACCUCCAUCAGUGGACGAUACCUUAGGAGCGUUGCCACAAAACAAUGAGGCUAAAGAUUCUUGUUUUCUGAAUCAUCUUUAUUAAUGAUUGGAAAUAUACCGGCUGAUCUACUAGAUUUGUCGACACCAAGUGUGAUUGAAGUUGUUGAAAGUCUGAUAAAUAAAUAUGAACGUUCAGAAAUUUACACAUGGCUUGGAACCAAUAUUCUAAUAUCAAUCAAUCCAAAAAGCGCCUGUCCACAAAACUACUCAUGUGAUAAUUGGAAUGAUUUUAAUGAGAUUCCCGAUUGUUGGAGAAAGCCGCACGUUUUUUCUAUGGCUGAAGAGUGUUUAUAUCAGUUAUCAUCGACACAAAAUAAUCAGUCGAUAAUUAUUACGGGCACAAGUGGGUCUGGGAAAACAGAAGCUACUAAACAUAUAUUACGCUACUUAACCUACAAAAGUAGUAUAAAGCGUCAGAAACAAAUAGCAAAAGUUGAAACUUAUAUUGAACACACACUUAUACAAUCGAAUCCUGUGUUAGAAGCUCUUGGCAAUGCACAAACUCAAUUUAAUGAAAAUAGUUCACGUUUCGGCAAAUAUAUACGCCUAUUGUACGAUCGAAAUCAAAUUCUCGUUGCAGCAAAGUUGCAAAUUUAUCUUUUAGAAAAGCCUAGAGCUGUAUUCACUUCUCAAACGCUUUUCUCGUCAUUUCAUGUAUUCCGUUGGUUUUUGGAAUCUUUAUCAAAAGAAGAUCAAAUACAAUUUGGUUUGAUUGGUUGUCAUUAUUUAGUGAAUGAUAAUGAUGGUAGUGAUGAUCUUGUGUUACAAAAGUCACAUUCCAACUGGUCUUGCUUAAUUGAAGCAUUUCGAUCAUUAAAUAUUAAAGAUGAAAAAUUGCUUGAAUUUUAUAAAUUACUAAGUGUAAUUUUACUAUUGAAUAGUGUACAUUUCAUUUCUUCGGAGUCUUGUGUAAAUAUUGACUUAAGUCAAAUAAAUUCAUCAUGUCUUCCGUCUAACUCACCUUGUCAUUCGUCAAAAUUGAAUGAUCAACAAGAUUAUCGCCACCAACAUCAGGAACGUCAGUAUUCAGAUGAUCCCGCCAGUUUAGCCACUAUUUCUAUCGAUGAUAUACAGAAAGUUACAAUGGCUGGGAAACUCUUAGGUAUUCCAGACGGUGAAUUGCUUCAUAGUUUUCCACAACAAUUUAUAACACGUCUUGUUCAAGCUGGUUCCAACUCAUAUCAAUCCAGACGAGUGACAACUUAUAAAUGUGCGUGUACAGUUUCUCAAGCUCGAGAACAACGUGAUUGUUUUGUAAAAGCUUUAUACAAUAGUCUAUUUCAUUUCAUGGUCGAUUUAAUAAACAAACAGUUGAAUUUCGAUAAUACUGAAGGUGUUGUUAAUGAAUUGGGUAUCCUUGAUCUAUUCGGUUUUGAAUGCUUGGAUGUAAAUAGUUUCGAACAGUAUUGUAUUAAUUAUGCUAAUGAACGUUUACACCAAACAUUUAUGCGUAUUGCUGUUACGAAUGCAUGGGCGGAAUUAGAAGAGGAAGGAUUAUCUUUUCAAUCUGUAGAUAAUUUGUUGCCAACUGAUACUACCACCACCACCAACGUUACCAAUACUACUAAUAUGAAUAUUACUGAUAAAAAUAUUGAUGAAUACAAACCCCGGUUAGAUUCAUCAUUGGAAAAAUGUUAUAAUACACAUACUGUGAAAGCCAUAGAAACAAAUGCCAAUUUAUUAGAAGAAGUUUGUCUUUUAAAUCGUGUUCACAAUGUGAAUUCUUCGAUGAAAUUAUCUUCAACUAUAUCCUCUAAUCAGCUAUUAGAUCCACGUGAAUUAGAUUGGAUUAAUAAAAUGCAAUCAGUGUUUACUACACCCAAUUGUUCAAUUUGUUUAUAUGAUGACCAGAUUGUUCGAUCACCUCGUAUGACCAAUACUAAGAAACAUACACAACCAACAUCUUGUCAUGUAAUCAACAAACAAACAACUUCUAAACCAUCUCCGUCAAAAUUUAAAACUUAUUCAAAAUCAGCAUGUGAUCGUUUCAUUGUGAAACAUUAUGGUGGAUCUGUUACAUACUCUGUUUCAGGCUUUGUGACUAAAAAUCUUGAUCGUCUACCAGUACAUUUAUUGACAUGGGUAAAAGACUCUUGUACUACUACACUUGAUGGUGACAAUAAUAAUCCUUCUACUACAAAUAAUAAUAAUAAUCUUAUCUAUUUAAUUCUAAGUCAUGCAUUAGAUACAGUUAUGAAUAAUAAUUCAAAGCAUCAAAUGAAAAGUUCAGCACAGAUACGAUCACCCUUACGACAAAUAAACAUUAUUAAUGAUAAUCAAAUAAAUAACAGUUCAUGUAAACAACUCAACUCAUCAAUUGUAAAUAACAUUUCAGGCGAUGAUCAGCAUAAUGUGAAUAAUUCCAUUUCUCCUACAAAUAAUCGAUUGAAUGCUAACAAUACACGUCGUUUGAAUACCGUAUUUGGUAAUUUUAAAUCAUCUGUAGAUCAACUGCUUGAUUGUCUCAGUUGUCAUAAUUUAUUUUUUAUACGUUGUAUUCGACCGGAUUUACCUUCUGGAAUCAAUUGUUCAACUAUCAACUCAUUAUCCAUUAUUGAUCGUAAUUAUGUACAAGAUCAACUUUUAACUAGUGGCCUUUUAGCUGCAUUGGAAGCUUUACGUUCAACAUACUAUGCAAAGUAUACAUAUAAGGAGUUUAUUAGUCAAUACAGAGUAUUUUGGCAAUUAAAUCCUCAUCCACCAGCUAACCAAUUAAUGGAAACUGAAUUCUCUUUAUUAAAUUCAUGGUAUCUUAAGUUAAUUCAACUAACUCGUUCAACAUCUAAACGAACUCAACUUAAAUUACGUCGAGAAACAAGUGAAUCAACCAUUCAACAACAACAACAACAAUUUGUUCUUAUUAUGUUAACACUUGGAUUAAAUAUAAUUCCAAUUAAUUGUUAUUAUGAAACAUCAGUUUUAAAUAAAGAGAAUUUAGAUAUUUCUAAACAAAUAUCUAUACAAUUUCCAAUUAUUCAUCAAUUUGGUCGUACAUGUAUUCAUUUAACAAAAAGUCAAUUUCAACAUUUAAUUACCUUGAAAGAAUUCAUGUUAAAUCGUAAUGUAAAAGUGAUACAACGUUUUCUUAAAAGAUGCCUACGAUAUAAAGCUGCUGCAUGUCGAAUUCAACAUUGGUGGCGAAAAAUACUGAACUAUCGUAAGAAUAUAUCUUAUCAUCAAUUACAUAGUAUAAAUCUUGUAUCUUCCUUGUCUAAUAAUGAUAUUAUUAAUAACACUACUAAUCAACCUGAUUAUAAAUAUACUCUCAAUUCAAAUAUAUCGACUAUUGAAACAACACAAUUAAAAGAGGAGAAAACUGUCCAAUCUAUAUUAUCAUCAUCAUUAUCACGACCGCGAUCGUCAUCGUCGACAUUCAUCAUAGAAUCAGUUGAUCAUUGGCCAACAUAUCAACAACAUAUUCUAUCACGUCGAUAUUUACCAAUCAGAAAUGAUGAUGAUCAUCAUCAUACAAUAAUACUUUGCCAAUCGAAUAAUAAUAAUAAUAAUAAUAAUUUAAUUAAAAAACAAUCCAUUUUAUUAAAUUAUUUAAUACCAUAUUCGCAUAAAAAUCAUAUUUUGAAAUUUUUUGAAACUAUAGAACAACCUAUUCAAGGUUCAGUACAACUAAGAUGAAAUUCAAAUGAGCAAUCAAUAUAGCGCCGAUUAUAGAAGGAAGAAAAGGAGAUCUUUUACUUUAUCAUGAAAAAUAAACCUUAUUACACCGCACCCUCAUAUUACCUACUUACAUCUGUUACCCCUUGUGGAGUACCAUAAGUCACCCAUCAGGAUUUUCCAUCGAAUUCUGUCCCGGGCAGUCCUUUCCAGUUGUUAUUCAUUUUUGUCUGCUUCCAAUUGCAAAGGAAGUCCGGCUGCUGUUACAGAAGCUUGGUCCUAACGAGGAUUCAAAGUAUAAAAACCAUAAUCUGCCUAAACAUCCACGAGAAGUUAACUUAGAUGAGGCUGUUAACAUCCUAAAUAAAAUGUUUUGUGGACAGGCGUCCAUAUUCCAUAUCCGGCAUAACUGUCUACAGCUGACUAAAUAAGCUGAUGAAGGCUACACUACGUACGCUGGAAGAGUAAAUUUACAAGCAGAACGAUUUAAAUUAAAUGUUUUAACCAGUGAUCAAAUUAAAUGCUUAUUAUUCAUUUCUGAUCUGCACUUUCCUGUUGAUGCUGACUUUCGCAUGAAGUUGUUAUCCUGUAUGGAACAUGAUGAUGAAAUGACGUUACAGACUGUUACCGCUGAAUGCCAACGAUUAAUAAACUUAAAACAGGAUACAGCUAUGUUGGAAACCAAAAAUGUGGUACCAUCUAAUCAUUCUGUUCAUACUGUCAAGACAGUUCCAAGACGAAAUAGUACCAAAAAGUUGUAGAUAUCACUCGAAAAUUCCUAAAUCUUCGACUAAAUGUUGGUGCUGUGGUGAGUGGCACUUCUCAAAAGUUUGCCGGUUUAGAGAUCAUAGAUGUACUAUAUGCAAGAAAGUCGGUCAUAAAGAAACAGUCUACCGAACUAGAAAAAGCUUGAGAUCAAAGCCAACGAAGCGUCCUCACCAGUAUUAAAACAAGUAUAUGAACAGUAUAUAUGCUACAUUGGCUCUAAGCAUAGCAGAUAAAAAUGGUAUGUGGAAUUAAUUGUAAAUGGUGUUCAUAUUCAAUUGCAAUUGGAUACAGCAUCAGAUAUCACAUUGAUCUCUAAACGAACAUGGAAUUCAAGUAUUACCAACUGAGCAUACAGCACGGAAGUCAUCCGGAGAUACAUUGAACCUUGUUGAAAUGAUAAAGUGCUCUAUUGAAUUCUUGGGUAACUACUUUACAGGGAAUUGUUAUUUAACGAACAGGCAUGAUUUAGACCUUAUUGAUAUAGAUUGGAUAGAUAAACUAAAUCUAUGGGAUGUACCAUUGAGUGAAAUAUGUACGAUGAAAAGCGCAAAUAGUCCAGGAACGGCCAUUUCAGAAACAUGCCCUGUGUAGGGUUAAAAUCCCUUUAUACCUAAAGCAAAAUGUAAUAUUGGCAAAAUUUCCGGCUCACAACAAGACAAUAUCUUGCUAAAUGCGCAUGAAAUUGUGACAAUACCAGAUGAUCAAGAAACAAAAGAUCAUGUAAAUGAAGCCCCGAGUCCAGAAUUAAAUGAAGCACUGCUGGCCCUGUCUAACUCUGAAAAUAAAGUUCAUCUAGAACAAAAUUAUGGUUGGUGUGAUAUUAAUCAAAAAAUCUGUAUGGACUCAUAUCCAGAAAAUAACUAGUGCAAUACGAUGAAUACAGAUGUACCAAGUGAUACUCAAAAUCAUUGGGAGACAGAAAAUUAUAGUGAACCAACUUGUCCGAAUUCUCAUGACAAUAUACCAGAUAUGGGUUCUCAUAAUAAUGCACAUGAUUUUGAUGAAAUUUCUUAUAAAAAUGAGAAAGAUAUGUCGUCUGAAACAAGUUAUGAUCAAAAAUCUAAUUCAAUUUUGUUAGAUAUUGAUUGUCCUAGCAACCUGUUAUCCAUUAAUGAGAUUCGUAAUGAAAUUUGAAGAAAAUGUUGCAGAAGAACCAAAUCCUAAUUACUUCAAAUCAAAUAACCAUUUAGCCAUCUCUACUGGAUUCUCCAUUCAAUAUGAGAAAUAAAUAAAGUCAUAUUAAUUCCAAGUUGGAGAUAUGAGGAUCCGAUAUUAUUUUGUAGAGGAGGAGAAUGUUGGAGAAUUUAAAGUUACACAUAUUUGUUUAAAAAUCAGAAUCUAAACUUUGGAUCUUCAAAAAACGGGGGGAGGUGUUAUAUCCUAGUGAAGAUUACAUUACGAGUAACAUCUGAGACCUAUUAAUGGACUAAUAUUAUUUAUAUAUUCUCAUGGUAUAAAUAUUCAGUAACUAGAUUAUGUAUAUCUAUAUUCCCCUUGUUAUAAGCUUUAUUUUGAUCCAUAUAUUAUUAUUGUACGAUUUACGGCUCUUAAUCUAUGUUCAGUUUAUUGACUACUGCGCCUCCCACAUUCACAGUCACUUUUUGACUUUAUUGUGUAUGCAUUUUAUUUCAUAUUUUAUGGUGCGUUGCGGUCUGUUUGUUUGGUAUAUAAACUCAGUAUGUCUGAAAUAAAUUAUUUGCAUAGUGGAGGCUGUUGUUGGCAUUCUGGGCUCAGCUGGAUGGGUUAGGCGAGCAAAGGAUCAAUAAGGACGCUAGGCUAAUCAGAUCGGUCGGAAAUCAUUGGUUUAGUACAGUAUAAGAGCGAAUAGGUCAUAUUUUGAUUGGCAUAUAGAUUAAGCGAUAACUAGCGGGUCAUAAAGUCACAACACUUCCACCUUACGGAUUAGCAGCUUACUUAUUGUUUUGAAAAUUAGCUCCUCUUUGUCAGGUUCCGAAGGUUAUAUUUAAUGAUUCACUUUGUUUUCAAGAUGGUCAGGGGACUUUUUUCAGCGAUACUUAAUGGCAAGUUUAAUAACCGAGUUACAUUUUUACGAUAAAAAACUACUGAAUGAUACUAUUUUAGUAGUUGAAUUCAUGAGUCGAUCUAAGCUAGAUCAUCAUUGAAAACCUAGAAGCAUUGAAUUGCAGUUUUGUCCUAGUAUGAAACGCGAGCCUAGAACCGUUGGUCUCGUGCGCGAACACUUAGCCUUUAAACCACUGAACCAGCAUCUAACGGUGUUCCAUACUAGGAC